CCAGACUUUUACUCAUUGCUCCGUCCCCUUCUCCAAACAGCGAGAAUGGGAGAAAUGGGUGUUUCUUUUCUUGCAUCAACAACAACAAACAUGAAAGCUUUUCUUUUACCAUUCAUAGCAUUUCUUCUGUUUCCUGAAUUGGCAAUAGGCAUAACCAGACACUACAAAUUUGAUAUCGUAUCGCGAAAUGUUACACGCCUAUGCCACACGAGGAGCAUAGUAACUGUAAAUGGAAAAUUUCCCGGGCCUCGCAUUGUGGCUAGGGAGGGUGACCGUCUUCUAAUUAAAGUGGUUAACCAUAUUCAAUCCAAUAUCUCUAUCCACUGGCAUGGAAUUCGACAACUUCAAAGUGGAUGGGCUGAUGGGCCAGGAUACAUAACUCAGUGCCCCAUACAAAGUGGCCAGACCUAUGUCUACAACUACACCAUCGUGGGCCAAAGAGGGACUCUACUUUGGCAUGCCCAUUUUUCAUGGCUAAGAUCCUCUGUCUAUGGCCCCAUUAUCAUUCGACCCAAGCAUGGCAUCCCAUAUCCAUUUGCCAAACCUUACAAGGAAAUUCCCAUCAUUUUUGGAGAGUGGUUUAAUGUAGAUCCUGAGGCAAUCAUUAGACAAGCCCUCCAAACAGGUGCAGGUCCAAACGUCUCAGAUUCAUAUACCAUCAAUGGACUCCCAGGACCCUUAUACAAUUGUUCCGCCAAAGAUACAUUCAAGCUGAAGGUGAAAGCUGGGAAAACUUAUCUUCUCCGCAUAAUCAAUGCUGCACUCAACGAUGAGCUCUUCUUCAGUAUUGCAAACCACACUUUAACAGUUGUUGAAGUUGAUGCUGUCUAUGCUAAACCUUUUGAGACUCAUACCAUUCUCAUCACCCCUGGACAAACCACAAAUGUUCUUCUCAAAACCAAACCUUACUUCCCAAAUGCCACUUUUCUCAUGGCUGCUAGGCCAUAUGCAACUGGCCAAGGCACCUUUGACAACUCCACUGUAGCAGGUAUCCUUGAAUAUGAACAAAUAUCAUCUAAUUUCACUCAUUCUACAACCUCAAUUAAGAAAAUUCCACUCUUCAAACCAACUCUACCAGCUCUCAAUGACACUUCCUAUGCCGCAAAUUUCACAAACAAACUCCGUAGCUUAGCGAGUGCUCAAUACCCAGCUAAUGUCCCACAAAGUGUGGACAAGCACUUCUUUUUCACAGUAGGCCUAGGAACAAACCCAUGUCCGAAAAAACAAACAUGUCAAGGACCUACUAAUGUGACAAAGUUCACAGCUUCUAUCAAUAAUAUAUCUUUCUCAACACUUCCAACCACAGCCCUCCUCCAAGCUCACUACUUUGGAAAAUCAAAAGGUGUUUACACCACUGAUUUUCCUAGCAACCCGAUCAUUCCUUUCAAUUAUACAGGCACACCACCGAACAAUACAGGGAUUAUCAAUGGAACCAGAGUAGUGACUCUUCCUUUCAAUGCUAGUGUGGAGCUUGUGCUGCAGGACACUAACAUUUUAGGGGCUGAGAGCCAUCCUCUCCAUUUGCAUGGCUUUAAUUUCUUUAUAGUUGGACUAGGUUUCGGGAACUACGAUCCAAACAAUGACCCUCCAAAGUUCAAUCUUGUUGACCCCACUGAAAGGAACACCGUGGGUGUGCCGUCCGGCGGUUGGGUUGCAAUUCGGUUUCUAGCGGACAAUCCAGGGGUAUGGUUAAUGCAUUGCCACUAUGAAGCCCACUUGAGCUGGGGACUAAGAAUGGCUUGGGUUGUCUUCGAUGGAAAGCUUCCCAAUCAGAAGCUGCUUCCUCCGCCAGCAGAUCUUCCCAAAUGUUGAGUUUCACAAUUUCCGGAUUGAUUGGAGACUUUGCAGGAAUGAGCUUGGAAUAAAAUGUUCAAUUCAACUUUUUGGCCUUGGCCCAUUUAAACUAAUGUUUUUUUUUUUUUCUUUUUUUCUUUUUUCCUUUUUGAGGACAAUUUAAACUAAUGUAUAUUGCAUUUGACUCAUAAA